UUAUUUUAUGUCUUUGUCGGUGUGGUCACACUGGUGGAAUGUCGACGGUGCAAAAACAAACGAAUUGUGAAAAUGUCAAAUUACCUGAAAAUUUAGCGUAAUUGGCCAAUCUGUUCGUGGACCAUGGACAUAGCCACCAUCGAGCUGAGCGUGGAGGCUCUGAUUGGCUCCCUGCUGGCCCUGGGUGUCCUGUUCGCCUUCUGCCGCAGCCUGCUCGCUGAGGACUUUGUGAGCACUUUUAAAACACGUCACAGUUGGAAAUCAAUAAAAGUCAUCGAGCAGGCCUGCUUCUGCAACGUCUGCGAGAUCCUGCUGACCCCCUCCGCAGGACUCUUCUGCGACUGCUGCGGCCUGUGCACCCAUGCCACGCCUCUUUGCCAGCGAAGGGCGGACAGGGAGUACCGCUGCAAGGAUAAAUGGUUGCGCAACGAGUCCUCCGUGCGGCAUUUGUGGGUCCACGGCAACCUGCCCAUGGGCGUCCAUUGCGCGGACUGUGGCGAGGAGGUGGAUCACCAUGUCAGCACCGAUCCGGGAUUGUAUGGGUGGCGGUGUGCCUGGUGCCAGCGGUGCUAUCACAACGAUUGCUACUCGCGUGUCGACUCCAAGAGCACCUGUGACUUUGGCGAGUUCAAGGACAUGAUCUUCCCGCCCUACAGCUUUGUGGCCGCUCGAACUAGGGAUUCGAUGCGCUUGCAUUUGGCCAGCAUCACGCCGCCGGACAUUGAGAAUUGGGAGCCGUUGAUUGUGAUCGCCAACACCAAGUCGGGCAGCAGUACGGGCGCCAAUGUGCUUUCCCUGCUGCGUGGCUACCUGCACCCACUGCAGGUGAUGGAACUGGGCUCCCGCGGUCCACAGGACGCCCUACAGUGGGCCGCCAAGGCCAGUCCUCGCCCGUGUCGCAUACUAGUGGCCGGCGGCGAUGGCACCAUCGGUUGGGUGCUCAACACCAUCUACGCGUUGAACAUCAAACCCCAGCCGUCGGUGGCCAUCAUGCCGCUGGGCACCGGCAACGAUUUGUCGCGAGUUCUAGGCUGGGGAGCGGAGCCGCCCUCGGUGCUCGAUCCUGUGGAGAUCCUGAGGAGUAUUCGGCGCGCCCGCUCCGUGAAUCUCGACCGAUACGACCUGCAGAUAGAGAAGCUGCACUACCGACUGCCCAUCCAGAGGCAUCCCACGAAGACGAUUCACGUGUACAACUACUUCAGUGUGGGUGUGGAUGCGUUCAUCACUUACAACUUUCACAGGACGCGAGAAUCUCGGUUCUAUCUGCUCAGCAGUAGGAUAUUCAAUAAGCUUCUCUACUUCACCUUUGGAACGCAGCAGGUGAUGCAACCUGGCUGCGAACACAUCGAGGAGAAGCUGACCCUGUACCUGGACAACAAGCCAGUGCAACUGCCUGAACUUCAGGCCCUGGUGUUCCUAAACAUUGACUCCUGGGGAGCGGGCUGCAAACUGUGCGAGCUGAGCAACUCCAAUGGCGAGGUGCGCAUCGUGAACUCCAUCUCGGAUGGCAUGAUGGAGGUGUUUGGCAUUGUUUCCUCCUUUCACAUUGCCCAGCUGCAGUGCAAUAUUAGCAAGCCAGUUCGGAUUGGCCAAGCCAAGCAAAUAAGGCUACAAGUCAAGGAAACGGUGCCCAUGCAGGCGGACGGCGAGCCCUGGAUGCAGAGUCCGGCCGAUAUACGUUUGUCGUCGCGAAGCCAGGCCCGUGUCCUAAAAUUGGAUGCAACCUGAACUUAGUAGAUAAUCCCCUUAGCAACCCCUUAUGUGCCAGUCCCAUAAUCUCAAAGUACUUAACCCGGAACCUCAGUCUACUAUACUUAAUCGAAUUUGGUAGGCUAUGGCAUUUUAAGACGUCCCAUAGCGUUAACCCAAAGCUAGUCGGAAAAAUACACUAAAUCGUAUCUGAAAGAA